GGCGUCUGGUUGUCAUCACCAUUCAGACCCGAAGCACCGGACCGCGCACGAGUAGCAGCCGAGUAAACAGUCUUCGUUUUUCCACCUAGUACGCCACAAGCACACAUACCCGUCUUCAUAAUGAUGUCUUUGGUGGUUGUAAUUGGGCUCGUAGCCGCAUGCUCGGCCAGUCCUUCUCUAUACUUCAACGCGCCGCCAGUGCAAUACUACAGCGGUUAUUACCCGUCCGCGGUGGUCAGCCCGAUCAAGAGCCAGUACCACACGCAAAACGAGCUGGGACAGUACGCGUACGGCUACAACGACGGAUACUCCAGCAAGUCCGAGACCAAGCACGCCAGCGGUCUGACCGAAGGAGCGUACUCGUACGUGGACCCCAACGGCGUGCUCCAACAGUACAAGUACGUGUCUGACGAGAACGGUUACCGCGUGUCCGGCACUAACUUGCCUGUGGCCCCGGCCGUCCCAGCGGUAGCUGCUGCCCCGGCACCGGUCCAGGCCGUGGCUGUCGAAGCCGCGCCAGCAGCCGCACCGGUCAACGACGCCGAGAUCCCGCAGCAGGUGCAAGACACGCCUGAGGUGGCCGCCGCCAAGAUCUCGCACCAGAUCGCUUACGACGAAGCCAAGAAGGCAGCUGAAGCCUCACCCGACGAUGGACAGUACAACGGAGAUUCAUCUUCCGAUUCCGUUGAAGUCCCCGCCGCCCCGGCCGCCCCGGCAGCCCCGGCAGCCCCGGCAGCCCCGGCUGCCCCGGUAGCCCCGGCCUCUACAGUCAAGACCGGUUAUAGUUACCACCCGACCGCAUACGCCGCGUACCCAUCGUACGCCUUUGCCGCCCCGGCCCCGGUCGCGUCCUACGCCUACGCCGCAACCCCGGUCGCAACUUACGCCGCGGCCCCGAUCGCAGCUUACGGCUACGCCCCGUACGCCACCUCGUUCUCCGCCGGAUCAUACUCGCCGGUGCACAGCCAGUAUCACGCCCAAGACGAAUUCGGCCAAUACUCGUACGGCUACAACAGCGGCUCGUCGUCCAAGGCCGAAGCCAAGUCCUUUGACGGUGUCACGCGCGGCGGUUACUCGUACGUGGACGCCAACGGAAUCGUCCAGCAGUACAGCUACGUCUCCGAUCCGGUCAACGGUUUCCGCGUCGCCGGCACCAACCUGCCCGUCGCCAAAUCUUCGUAAGAAAAAUCGAACACGUGCACACCAUAACCACGACUCAUCGAAACGUACCACCCGCUCCGAUCCCCCCCCUGUCCCCUCUCCAAUAUUCCCGCUGCCACGUCGUUUCCGCAAUUUGUAUAGGUAUCUCCGAAUAUGUAAUGUCUACGGUGUUACGAUACGGUACUCCCGAGUGCAAUGUGCGUGAACAGACGAAUAUUAUUUUACAUUGUACAUUGCUGCUUUAGUGUCCCAUAAUGGUCGACCGGUCCGGAGCGGGGCGUGACGUUGCCGAGGAACGUCGGAUCCGUUUGACCGCGUAUACCGUACGUGUACUUGUACGCGCGUCAAACCGAACCGGUGGACUUUGCCUUGCGCAAAGAAAAUCGUUUCUCGACACCGUCACGCUCGCCACUCCUCUUCCCCUAGCCAUCGCCGAUACGGCGAUGACGAGGCGGACGAAAAAGGGCUGAAAAAAAAAUUCUUGUUUGCUCUUAAUAUUUCUUCUUUUUUUUUAUAUAUAUAUAUAUAAAAACACACAAUAUCUUCACGUGAUCACGUCAAUUAUUAUUAUUGUAUUUUUGGUAAUUAAAACUCUGUUAAUAAAUUCACGAUUUUGUAACUAUA